GCGAUCAGCAUCAAAUAUAGGCAGCUUGACCCCAUUAAGAUAGCCCCCUCUUCUCUAAUCUGGGAAGAACAAAGCAAACCAUGAUGUUGCCAUCGUCCUUGGUGUGUGAAGACUGGUGGAUGAAUGACGGCAUAGAUCGAGCGCAUUGAUUUUAUAGUGCCUGCCAGUGAAUAAGGGAAAGUCCCUCCUACAGUCAGGGCACAGCGAUGAUGUUCUUCUUGAAUCACUUCAGGCAACGUAUGUAGUCUAUACUACGGGCCUGCCUCGCCUCCGGUUGCACGCGCCGUGCAUGGACAGGCUCGGGACUGUCGGUGCUCAUGCAGUCAGCUGAGCCCGAGCCAUCUGCACCGGGUGCGUUUCGGUAUAACGCUAUUGUUAGAUUGGUCGGUAGGUCGGUUGUAGUUGGCUAGUAAUGGAGCAUGCUGCACGAGCUUUCGCCUCGGUAUUCGGUAGGCCUACUAGUCAACUACUGAACAAAAGCGCGCAAGGCGAUACAGUGGGAUAUGAUGUGAUGUGAUGCCGCGCAGGAUCACGGCGACAGUAGCGGUGGAACGGGAAUGCGCGCGACUACGGACGAGAAUCGCUGCUAGGAUACAGAAGAGAACAUGGGGACGGGGCCGCGCGAUGACUGACUGACUUUCUCCCCGUAACGACCAUCUCUGCAUACCGAGGGGUUCAAAAAAGGAAAGAAAAAAAGAACCGACCAGCCUCUUGUUGAAGGCGUGGAGGAUCUAUCGGAGAGGAUGAAUCCCGGGGACCCUGCCCAAACCGGACCCGGUGAAGCCGGUCAGGACGGGUUGGCUAAAGCAGGGGGUGCGCAGGGGGAGGGGGUGAGAGCGGUGGAUGUGCUGACAGUUCUGAGGGAAAAAGUGGCCUUUGUUUCAGGGGGCAGGGACAAGAGAGGCGGGCCCAUCCUCACCUUCCCAGCGCGGACCAAUCAUGACCGAGUGAAACAGGAGGAUCUAAGCAGACUGGUCACCUAUCUGUCCACCAUACCCAGUGAUGACGUGCGUGCCAGGGGCUUCACGGUGGUCGUAGACAUGCGUGGUUCUAAGUGGGAGAGCGUCAAGCCGUUGCUACGGACACUCCAGGAGGGGUUCUCCGCCCACAUUCACACGGCCCUCAUCAUCAAACCAGACACCUUCUGGCAGAAACACAAGACCAACCUGGGCAGCGCCAAACUCACCUUUGAGACCAGUCUAGUGUCGGUGGAGGGCCUGUCCAAGCUGGUGGACCCGUCCCAGCUGACCUCUGACCUGUGCGGUUCUCUGGAGUAUGACCAUGUGGAGUGGACAGAGCUACGGCUGGGCCUGGAAGAGUUCUCAGGGGCUGCUGGGCAACUGCUGGCCCAGCUAGAGCAGCUGGAGGCUGGGCUGACCCGCGUAAGCGAGGCCCAGGGCGUGGAUGAGGCCCGCAAGCUGCUAGAGGAGCAUGGCCGACUACGUACCACCGUUGCCACGGCUCCCAUCGAUGCCAUCGACCGUGAGGGGCGGAGCUUGCUCCAGCGCAUGCGGCUUGGCCCCGCCCACAGCGGUGAAGCUCCUAGUGACGUGCCCAGCAGUAACCAAGGUUACGGAAGCUGGUUGUCGGGCGGGGCUGAUUUCCAGAGUGUAGCUCCGAAGGUGGCUGCCCUGCUGGAGAGGCUCCAGACUGCCAGGACACACCUGCAGCAGAGCUGGACCGAACGGAAAGCACACCUAGACCAGACCUUACAGCUGCAUCUAUACGAACAGGACGCUGCCAAGAUGUCCGAGUGGAUAGCCCACAGUAAGGAUCUGUUCCUGCAGAGUCAGACAGAGGUUGGCCUCAACCACCAGCAUGCCCUGGAACUCCAGACCCAGCACCAGCACUUCACCAUCAACUCUAUGAACGGGAGUGUGAACGUGGACGGGGUGGUCUCCGUGGCGAUGCAGCUGUGUGAGGGGUGUCACUACGGAGCGGAGCGGAUCGCGUGUGUCUCGUCACGGCUACAGGAGGACUGGAAAGGGCUGACGUCAGUGCUGGAGGAACGCAGCAACACGCUGGUCAUGUCCACCGACUUCCACCAGGGGGCAGAACAGUUCCUGGGGCGUGUGGAGGGCUGGUGUGAGUCGUGUGCUGACGACUCGUUGCCGGCUGAGAUGGCGGAGCUGGAGGCGUCCAUACAACAACACCAGACGCUCUACGAAGAGAUAACAUCAGCCUACACACAGGUCAGUGAGAGUGGUAAAGCCCUAUUGGAAGUGCUUCAGCGUCCGGCGGAGCCUGACGAGUCUGGGUUACCAGCGUCAACCACUGACUUCACAGCCGCAACGCACGGCAUCAUGGGAGUUCUGCACGAGGUCAUGCAGGGUCACCAGCAUGUUGAAGGGGCGUGGCAACACCGCAAGCUCCGCCUACACCAGCGUCUGCAGCUGUGUGUGUUCCAGCAGGACGUACGGCAGGUUCUGGACUGGGUGGAGCAGCAUGGAGAGGUGUUUCUCAAUAAGCACACCGGUGUGGGGAAGAGCCUCCACCGAGCACGAGCACUGCAGAAACGCCACGACGACUUCCAACAGGUGGCCCAGAACACCUAUACCAAUGCUGAGAAGCUGCUGGAGGCGGCAGGCCAGCUGGCCCAGUCAGGGGAGUGUGAGGAGGGGGAGAUCUACUCUGCUGCUGGGGACCUGGAGCUCCGCAUGCAGGCCUUCAUACAGAGAGUAGAGCAGAGGAAGCUACUGCUGGACCUCGCUGUCUCCUUUUACACACACACCAAAGAGCUGUCAGUGUGGAUGGAGGGUCUCCAGAGGCAGAUGGCGGGGGAGGUGUGUGUGUGUCCUGACUCAGUGGAGGCUCUACAGGCUCUUAUCAGCCAGCAGCAGCAGCAACAAGCCAACACACAGGACGCCUCGCUCUCUGUCAUCAGGGAGGGAGAGGACCUCAUUCUACAGCUCAGGCCCCAGGGCAGUUCAGUGGGCCAUGUGGAGUCAGUGCUGCAGUCGUUGGAGGAGGCCCAGGUCCAGCUGGAGGAGCUGUUCCACCAGAGGAAGAUCAGGCUGGACGUCUAUCUGCAGCUACGCAUACUACAGCAGUGUUCUCAGGAGGUGUCAGGGGAGAUGGAGGCAUGGAAGCAGGACCUCCAGAAGCAGGCCCAGGACAUCACCACAGAGAAGCUAACGCUAGCACAACCGCGGCUAGUGGAAGCAAACCAAGAGAAGCUAGCAUUAGCGCAACCGCGGCUAGUGGAUGCUAACCCAGAAGGGCUAACGUUAGCGCAGCAGCGCAUACACAGACACAUGGAGCGACGGCUAGCCAUGAACAACAUGACCUAUGAGGUCGUACAGCAGGGUCACGACCUUCAGCAAUACAUCACCGAAGUACAGUCCUCAGGUAUUCAGCUGACCGCUGAGGGGGAGACUGAUCUGUCCUCUCAGGUGGAGGGGCUCCAUCAGCUUCUACAGGACAAGCAGAAGGAGCUGCACCAGAUAGUCGAACACACACACACACACCUGGAGCAGGGCUUGCAGCUACGCCACCUACAGAGUCAGGUGAACCAGGUGCUGGGCUGGAUCAGUGAAGGAGAGGUGAUGUUGUCUUCCUGUAUGGUGAACUCCAGCUCUCUGUCCGAGGCUGAACAGCUACAGAGAGAACAUGAGCGCCUCCAACAGGCCAUAGAGUCUCUGCUUCAUGCUGACUCUCUCCAGAGGACCCACCAGGUGGCGCUGGCGCUGCAGCAGCGGGCAGAGCUGCUGGUGAGGGCGGGCCACUACGACCCAGAGGCAGUGAGGGCGUGUGCCCAGACGGUGGCGCUACACUGGCAGACCCUGAUGCUGCGGAUGGAGGACCGCCUCAAACUGGUCAACGCCUCCGCAGCCUUCUACCGGACCUCACAACAGGUAUGUGGUGUGUUGGAGAGCCUGGAACAGGAGUAUCGUAGGGACGAAGACUGGUGUGGUGGCGGAGAGAGGCAGGGGAGCAGGGGCCAGCCGGAGCACCUCAUUCCCCUCAUCAACAAACACAUGGAACAAAAAGAAGCCUUCCUCAAGGCAUGCACCCUGGCCAGACGCAACGCAGAGGUCUUCCUCAAGUACAUCCACCGCAACAGCGUUACUAUGGCAACCAUCUCCGGGCACAGUGCAGGCGCAGAGGUCACUGGUCACUCCCGUGUGCCUGAGCAGCAGGUCAAAGGUAUCCUCAGUGAGCUCCUGCAGAGGGAGAACAGGGUUCUACAUUUCUGGACUUUGAAGAAGCGUCGUCUGGACCAGUGUCAACAGUACCUGCUGUUCCAGAGCCACACCCAACAGGCGUUGGAUUGGCUGCAACAGAGUGGUGAGCACUACCUGUCCACUCACACAUCGCCAGGGGCAACCAGUGCAGAGACCCAGGACCUGCUGGCUCAACACAGGGAAUUCUGCAUCUCGGCUAAGCACACUCAGGAGAAGGUGCACCUGCUGAUUCAGCUGGCUGAGAGCAUGCUGGGCAAGGGCCACUCCCACAGGGUGGAGCUACGGAGGUGCGUGUCGACGGUGGACAAGCGCUACCGAGAGUUCUCCAUGCGCAUGGGCCAGUACCGGAACACACUGGAGACUGCACUGGGAGGCUGCACUCAGGACAAUAAGGACCUGGAGCUGGAGCUCAUCCCCAACAGCCUCUCUGACUCUGACCCCGAAGUGAACCUGAACGACCCUAACCACGAGGUCAGCGACGAGAAGAGGAGGACGGCCAGGAAGAAAGAGUAUAUCAUGUCAGAGCUUCUCCAGACAGAGAGGGUGUAUGUGAAGGAUCUGCAGGAGUGUAUUGAUACCUACCUGUGGGAGAUGACCAGUGGCUCUGAAAGAUCCCCACCAGGAUCGCCAAACAAGGAUGACGUUGUCUUUGGGAACAUCCAGGACAUUUAUGAGUUCCAUAACAGUAUUUUCCUGAAGGAGCUGGAGAACUACGAACAGCUACCUGAGGAUGUGGGUCACUGCUUCGUCACCUGGGCAGAUAAGUUCCACAUGUAUGUGACGUAUUGUAGAAAUAAACCAGAUUCCAGCCUUCUGAUCCAGGCAACAUGGGGCAGGUUCUUUCAGGAGGUCCAGAGGAGACAUGGUCUUGCUAACUCCAUCUCCUCAGCGCUCAUCAAGCCGGUUCAGCGCAUCACCAAGUACCAGCUCCUUCUCAAGGAGUUGUUGGCGUGUUGUGAGGAGGGAAAAGGCGAGAUCAAGGAGGGUCUGGAUGUCAUGCUGAGUGUUCCAAAGCGAGCCAACGAUGCCAUGCAUGUUAGCAUGCUUGAGGGUCUGGAGGAGGGCUUGGAGGUGCAGGGAGAGCUGCUCCUGCAGGAUACCUUCCAGGUGUGGGAUCCUAAAUCCCUUAUCAGGAAAGGCCGGGAACGCCACCUGUUCCUGUUCGAGCUCUCGCUGGUCUUCAGUAAAGAGAUAAAGGACUCCUCCGGACGUAUCAAGUACCUCUACAAGAGCAGGCUGAGGGUACUAUACUAUACUAUACCAUAUCAUACUCCCUCCCUCCCUCUCUCUCUCUCUCUCUCUCUCUCUCUCUCUCCUCUCUCUCUCUCUCUCUUCCUUCUCCCUCCCUCCCCUCCUCCCCAGGCCUCAUCUCUGGAGCUGAAGCAGGAGUGGGUACGUAGCGUGCGUCAGGUGAUACCAGGAGAGACGUGGCCACUGAGAGGAGCGCUGAGGGAGCCCCAUCCCCCUCCCCAAGACCCCCCCCGCCCCCCACCCUGGUCCGCACAGCGCAGCAUCAACAGGAGUUACACCAAUGAGGAUGCAGACAGCCUGGGAGAUGCCAGCAGCCAGCCGGACACCGUCUCCAUUGCCUCCCGCACCUCUCAGAACACAGCAGACAGCGACAAGCUGUCCGGUGGCUGUGAGUUGACCGUGGUCCUGUUGGACUUCUCGGCGGGCGGGGCUGAGGAGCUGAGUGUUCGUUGCGGUCAGACCGUGGAGCUAGUGGAGCGGUCCAGUGAGCGAUCGGGCUGGUGUCUGGUCAGGACCACAGACCACACCCCCCCACAGGAGGGCCUGGUACCCAUGACUGCCCUCUGUCUUUCCCACUCCCACAGCGCUGACAUGGACGGCUUGAUGCCUGCCACCACCGCUGGGAAAGAGCCCAGCCCUGUAGGUUCAGAGGUCAGAUCAGACUCUGUAGCAUCUCUCCAGUCCCAGACAUCCCUGGGCUCCGGUCCUGGCGGUGUGUCCAUCAGUUCCCCCGGCGGAGUGUCUAUUGGUUCUCCUGGUGUGAACGUGGGCUCCCCGGGGCCCAAGCGGAGUGGUUCUGGUACCGGGAACACAUUGAAGCGCUGGCUGACCAGCCCAGUGAGGAGACUGAGCCAGGGAAAAGCCGACAGCCAGGGGAAAAAACCUCCACUACGCACCAGGAGACGAGACAACCGGCCCGAGCUAACCACGCCGCUCACCGCUAACACACACCUGAAGGGGAAGAGCCGUGAAGACUCUGUCCAGAGUGGAGGAGAGGAGGAGCUGGAGGAGGAUCCACACACGCCCCUCCCACCUCCCAUGGAGAUCAUUAAAGAUAGCAACAACCCUGAGGACUCAGAGGGCUCCAACCAGUCAGACACAGAGCAGAAGAACAAAGCCAUGAGAGGUCGCAUGUUUGUGGUUAAUGAAAUGGUGCAGACUGAGAAGGAUUAUGUGAAAGACCUUGGUGUCAUCGUGGAGGGGUUCAUGUCGAGGUUGGAGGUGAAAGGGAUUCCAGAGGACAUGAGGGGGAAGGACCCUAUAGUGUUUGGUAACAUCCAUCAGAUUUACGACUGGCACCAGGAGUUCUUCCUGGUUGAGUUGGAGAAAUGUUUGCAGGACCACGACCGACUGGCAGAGCUCUUCAUUAAACAUGAGAGGAGGCUGCACAUGUAUGUGGUCUACUGUCAGAAUAAGCCCAGGUCAGAGUUUGUCGUGGCGGAAUAUGAGACCUUCUUUGAGGAGGUGCAGAGAGAGAUCAGCUGUAGGAUGUCCAUCAGUGACUUUCUCAUCAAACCCAUCCAGAGAAUCACCAAGUACCAGCUACUGCUCAAGGAUUUUCUGAAGUACACUUCUAAAGCAGGGAUGCACUGUGAGGAGAUCGAGAGAGCGGUGGAUCUGAUGUCUCUGGUACCCAAACGCUGUAAUGACAUGAUGAACCUGGGACGCCUGCAGGGUUACGAGGGGAAGCUGACGAGCCAGGGCAAGCUGCUGCAGCAGGAGACCUUCUGUGUGUGGGAGCAGGACGGAGGAGUUCUUUCCCGCAGUAAAGACAGACGCGUCUUCCUCUUCGAGCAAAUCAUCAUCUUCAGUGAGCUGCUCCGUAAAGGGUCCUCCCCACCUGGCUAUCAGUACAAGAAGAGCAUCAAGGUGAGCUACCUGGCCAUGCAGGAGUGUGUGGAGGGGGACCCCUGUAAGUUUGUUCUGUCAUCUCGGGGGUCCGCAGAGCGUUUCACCCUGCAGGCAGCCAGCCCCUCUGUCAAACAGCUGUGGGUCUCACACAUCACUGAGCUACUGGACACACAGAGCAACUUCCUGUCUGCUCUGCAGUCUCCUAUAGAGUACCAGAGGAAGGAGGGUGGGGGAACAAACCUCCUCACCCGACCCCCCUCGGGCUUUGGCCCCAAAGCAUCGGGCCGACCUCCCUCUGUGCCCCCCACCCCUAACGGACACAACACACACACACAGGCAGACGGCGAGGCACAGGACAACGAGCUGGUGCUGGUGAUCCAGGACUUCAGUGCGGUGCGUGAGGAUGAGAUCACGGUACUUCGCGGGGAACGGGUCCAGAUUCUGGCAUCCAACCAACAUGGCCAGUGUCUGGUCUACCGACCGGCCAACACGGAGUCUCCGCCUGCAGAGGGCUGGGUGCCGCGCAGCGUCCUGUUCAACCACUAACUACCAGUUAGAACCAGUCAUAACCAGUUUAGAACCAGAUAUAAACAGUUACAUAACCAGUUACGGCCCAGUUACACUUCACUGAUGCCAGUAAGACCCAGUACCAAUCACACACAUCUGUCAACCUCUUAGUUACUGGUCCUAAAUAGUUACACAUAGUUUAAACUAGUUACAUCAGUUACAUACAGUCAGCUGCCCCAGUUAAACCAAUCACACACACAUAGCAAACAUCCUCAACAACCGGUAGCAACCAUGAACACUAGUAACCAACUACUGGAUUUCCUCACACUGGUGAAAAGAGGCCAGAGAGCUGCAGGUCCAGACAGAGGGAUUUGAAGUGAAUGGACACACAGUAUGCCUAUGGAACAUCCCAACUGAUGAGGCCACUAAGGGUCGCUGCCAACUGAUGAUGACACUAAGGGCUGCUGCCUUUGGAACACCCAAACUGAUGAGGCCACUAAGGGCCGCUGCCAACUGAUGAGGUCACUAAGGGCUGCUGCCUUUGGAACAUCCACACUGAUGAUGUCACUAAGGGCUGCUGCCUUUGGAACAUCCCAACUGAUGAGGUCACUAAGGGCUGCUGCCUUUGGAACAUCCACACUGAUGAGGUCACUAAGGGCUGCUGCCUUUGGAACAUCCCAACUGAUGAGGUCACUAAGGGCUGCUGCCUUUGGAACAUCCACACUGAUGAGGUCACUAAGGGCUGCUGCCUUUGGAACAUCCCAACUGAUGAGGUCACUAAGGGCUGCUGCCUUUGGAACAUCCACACUGAUGAGGUCACUAAGGGCUGCUGCCUUUGGAACAUCCCAACUGAUGAGGUCACUAGGGGCUGUUGCCUUUGGAACAUCCAAACUGAUGAGGCCACUAAGGGCUUCUGCCUCAGUCAUUCCGGAACUCUGGGAUUCUAGAAUAAAACAAGACUGAGAACAGCUGUCAGAGACUCUCCCACCUCAUUAAGGAACCAGACUCAAGUGGAGGGUCAAAGGUAAAAUAUAUCUGCUGGAGACAAGCAAGAAAUUACGUUGGAAUAAUGGUUGUUUUUACAUAUCGGUGAAAAAACAUAGUGUCAGCACGUGAUGUUUCUGCUUUCAUGGCGUGGGGGUCAAAAUAAAUGGACUGAACCCUCACCCAUCCACCCCAACCCAUGACCCCGGUGAGGUGACAUCAUUUCCUGUUUGUUAAUAUGUGUAAAAGAAAGCGAAAGUCUCACCACGUAAAUAGAGCUCUGAGCGCAUUAUGAAGUAUAUAUAGUUCUUAUAUGAUUCAUAUAUUCUGUUUUUCACCUGAAUAGAAAACAGAGAGAAGAGAAGUAUUGUCACGUUAACGUCUGUAUGUGUGUGUGCGUGUGGGUGCGUUUGUGUAUGAGUGCUUGCAUGUAUGGUGUGUGUGUGUGUGUGUGUGUGUGUGUGUGUGUGUGUGUGUGUGUGUGUGUGUGUGUGUGUGUGUGUGUGUGUGUGUGUGUGUGUGUGUGUGUGUGUGUGUGUGUGUGUGUGUGUGUGUGUGUGUGUGUGUGUGUUGGUUGUCCUUUGGGUUCUGUUUGUAUUGAAUAGAAACCCCUGUGUUCUCUGUGUUUUUUCACUGAUCAAUCCCUGUGUCCCUUUGAUGUGGUUUCCUGUUCCUGUAGAGCUGCUGUUGGGCAGUGUGAAGGACUCUAGAGUGUGCAUCCUCAUACUUUUAAAUGUCACCCAGAGUUUGAACCGUAAUAUUAUGCAUUCUUUGGAAAAUAUGUAAAUAGUAUUUUACAGACAUGUACAUGAUUUAACAGGACAACAGGGAGCUGAGGAACACGACAGUCCAACUCCUUCAUAGUAAACAGAAGCCUUGCCGCCAUAUUGGAUUUUCAGGUUUUAAUUAACUGCUGAACUAGUUAACCCUUCAACUCUCCCCUGCUCAGGGUAAAAGUUGCCCUUCAGCACAGAUCUAGGAUCAGGUUACUCUCUUCCCAAUCUGACCUUAACCGUGAGUAGAAACACUAAACUGACCCUAGGUCAGUGUCUGGGGGUAACUUCUAACCCCGGUUUGUAUCUGCAGUGGCAGCACUGCUGCCUAUAGCUUCAUACUACACAGGUUAUACAGGCUCUGGGCAAAACUCAAAAUACAUCAUAUUCCCCAUGUAGUGCACUACUUUUGCCUGAAGGAGUGCACUAUAUGGGGAGUAGGGUGUGAUUUGGGACCUAGCCCCUCUUAGCCAUACAGGUUAUUAUACAGUGAUGUGUACUUGCAAAAUGGCUGCUAUCUCACCUCUAUGAGUUCUGUAUGGUGGUUUGUAAUAAAGACCAUUUUUCAUCUCUGAAAUGGAA